AUGGACUGGUCACUAGCGGAGCAGGCCGAGGCCGUCACCGACGUUGCAGCAGGUCUGGAAGUCUUCAGGAACGAGAUACCGGACGCUGAGGCCGAGAUAUCCGGAAGUAUAACUAUCUUGCUGGAUAUAGCAGGAGCAUUGCGUGCGCUGCACAGAGAACUGGACCUGGACCUUGCCCGAUAUAGAAGACUACUAGGAACCAUUGAACGCGAUCUAGAUCUGGUGAUGAGAAGCCUCGACUUGACCCUGAGUGCUGUCAAAGGCAUGUUCGGCCGUUCGGCACAACGCAGAUACAGGACGGCGUAUGCGGGGAUUCCCCUGUACCCAGAGCUAUGGGACGAUCUUUGCAGAGAGUUCGAGAUUGAUGAGGGUCUCUCGUUGCGCCCUCGGCUGGAAAGGUAUCACUCCUUUAUAAGGGGCAUUAUUUAUGCUCUGAGAGGAAUUGUGCCAGAGGAAGACAUGAAUUACCUCCGGAACCGGAUCAAUUGGCUCCUAGGACGACAGGAAAGUCAAGAGUUGGAAAUCCCAUUCAAUCAGCUAUCCAUAGCCCCCCCGGAACCUAGGACACCUACAAGUCCGCUGAUCUAUCAAACCUACCGACAUGUUAAUCCUCCAACGCCACUUCAUCCGCCAUUGCCAGGAGGCUGGAGUUCUUCUUAUUUCCCUGCGCAAGCGCCGUACGUACCUCCGCAGGUGCCUCGACCGCCAGGUAUACCACCGUCGCUAUCAAUAUCAACCGAUUCAGCGGAGACCUAUUCGUCGAUGCCCACCAUCUCGACUCAAUCUUCCAACAACAACAAUGAUAAUCACCGGCCGCGGCAUUGGGCUCGCAAGAUCUUUGAUGGGCGUCACGGCGCCACCAGAUUCCGAAACACGGCCGGUCAGGCCAACAAAUGUCUUGGAAGACACGAGCCAGCUGCAUAUGAAGAAUUACGCACCGGUGGAUUCGUCAAGGUCUUCGAUGAUUCUUUUGAUGGCGGAGAAACGAACGUUGCAAUAUAUUGGCGCCCUUCUGAUCACCGAGCAAGGGUCCUGUACGUAACCAGAGAAAGAGCCCGUGUCGUGCACUGUUGUAUGCCCUUGACCGCUCUGUGCGCCAGACGAGCGGAGUGCUGCCUGCAGCUGUGUCGCAUCAGCCGCGAAGACGGCGAGUUGGAAUUAUGGGCGAACCUUCGAUUUCCUACAUUCGAAAGAAUGGUCCUUUUCUACUUGACUUUCGUAGCGAUGAAGCGGCAGGAUUGGACACCGCCACACCAGGGCCUGAAUGACUGGUUUCCGGGCGAAAAAGAGGAGUUCGGCGGCGUCACUGAAGACGACGGCUACCAGCACGCCUUCAGGAUUUGGAGGGAUAGGGACUCUGGAUGUGUUAGACUUGAGGCGACCGCCCACCGCGGGCCUAUGAAGACCACACCGAUCUGGACAGCUUUCGUUACGCAGUAUAUCGGCUCAAGGACCUGGAUGACGCGCUUGGGUUCGAAAGUGAUUGAGUUUAUGGAUCUUCACCCCUACGUUUUCACGAACGGCUACAAGCCACCGCGCGGCUUGGGCGGAAGAUUCGAACUCAGAUUUUUGACCCGCCAUGAUUGCGAUUGCUUCAUGGAGACUUUCCAAGCAAUCAGGAUCAGGUGA